UGCAAUUUGUUUCAUAAAACAAACAGAAAAACAUUAGAACAGUUAAGCGGAAAUGUUCAAACAGUUGGAAAAACUAUAUCCGCUAACUAAGGGAUACCCUAAAUUUCAAAAAAUAUUCAAUAACUCGCAAAUUAGAAACAUAACAGCUUUACAUCAACCAGAUGAGAAGAUUGACAGCAGUAAAUUCUUGACGUCUGUAGAGAGCGGUAGACAACUUGUUGGCACACCACUACGACACAGAAGAGCUUAUAACGCAACAGCAGUUCCAGCUAAGAAAAAAAUGGCCAAACUUACUGAACAAGAACGCUCCGAACUGCUUAAACCAUUGCUGGAUGCUGGCUGGUCCAUGGUGAAUGGCCGCGAUGCAAUCUACCGCGAAUACAUCUUCGGUGACUUCAAUCAAUCUUUUCGAUUUAUGACAGGAGUCGCUUUGUUGGCCGAAAAAAUGAAUCAUCAUCCCGAAUGGUUUAACGUAUACAAUAAAGUACAGGUGACCAUGUCAACCCACGAUGUGGGUGGGCUAAGCGCCAAGGAUAUUCGUAUGGCCAAAUAUAUGGAGGAGGAAUUUAAACGUUUUAUAUAGGCUGCUACCGAAAUAAAUAGUGAUCUUACAUUUUUGUUAAACAA